AUGGCAGAUGGAAGGCCGAGAAGAAAUGUCAAAUCUGGCAGAAAACAUAUUGCGAAUCACUGGUCAAUGUUAAGUCGAGAUUAUAUCUUGAGUGUCACAAUAAGAAUCGGUCGUCUUCUCCGCAAACUUUUCCCUUGCCCGGAAUCUACAUCAUCCUCGCCGUCUACACUGCCAUCUCCAUGUCCAUCUCCCCACCAAACCCCAAGUUACGGCCACAGUGCCUGGUUCAAAGGCGCUCGAACCUUAGGCGCUUUCCACGAGAGACGAUAUCUCCCCGGUCAAAUCUUCGGUGCUCCAGACAGUUGUUGGGGUCGAUUCAUUCCACACUCCGGUGAAGCUCUGAGAACGAAGCACAGUCAUCUAGAGAGUGGAAUUGUAUUCAGACUCUGUAAAGAGCGAGCGUGA